GUGUGUGUGUGUGUGUGUGUGUGUGUCUGCGGGGCGGCUCCAGUUUCAAACACAGCGCCCAUCUUUAACACAACACAACCGGACAAGCUCCGUCCCGUAGCGAGAUACUGCCGUUCAUGCAUGACGUGAAGCCCAGGUAAUGAGGGACGAAGGACACGAGAGAUGAUUGAAACAAUGGAUACUCAACGUUGUCUACAGGCGGUGGAGAGGUUACAGUCUCGCUUGAAAGAAAAGGGAGCAGAUGUUCCUGCCGAGGAGAAGCUAAAUCUUCUGAAGGCGGUCCUGCAGAGUCCUCUGUUUCACCAGAUCCUCGCCCUGCAGAAAUCAGUGCAUCAUCUGAAGGAGCACACUCCAUACAUUAACCCUGAUCUGAAGAGCAGCACUGAAGGAUUCUCAGCUCAGCUCAAUGGAGAACCUUCAUCUGAAGAACACAUCAUCCGCUCCAUGGCUCAGGGACGGUACGUGACUCAGAUCGACCUGCUGAAACCGGUUUCGGGUGGUUUGGGCUUUAGUGUUGUUGGCUUGUGUAGUGAGAACCGUGGAGAACUUGGCAUCUUCAUUCAGGAGAUACAGGCUGGAAGUGUGGCAUACAGCGAUGGAAAGCUGAAGGAAGGAGAUCAGAUCCUGGCGAUUAACGGUCAGUUACUGGAUCAGAGCGUCAGUCACCAGCAGGCCAUAGCUCUCCUGCAGGGAGCGUCGGACCGAGUGAGCCUCACCAUCGCCCGCGGGCCCGUCCCGCAGCUCUCCAGCCCGGUGGUGUCCAGGACUCCUAGCGCUGCCAGCACGCUUUCAGCUCACUCUAGUGCGACCCACUGGACUCACGUGGAGACGAUCGAACUUGUGAACGAUGGAACCGGUUUGGGCUUCGGGAUUGUUGGUGGUAAAACCACCGGCGUUAUCGUCAAAACCAUUCUACCUGGAGGCAUCGCUGACCAGGACGGUCGAUUGCGAAGUGGGGAUCACGUCCUGCGGAUCGGGGAUACGGAUCUGUUUGGUCUGAGCAGUGAGCAGGUUGCUCAAGUUUUGAAACAGUGUGGAAACAGAGUCCGACUCCUCAUCAGCCGCGGGACUGUGGACGAUGCUGCGUCUGCUGCUGUCACCCUGCCCACCCUCACCGAGCAACAGGGUUUAGAGGAAGAGGAACAGGGCGCUUUCGACGUGAGUUUGUCGAAGAACGCUCAGGGUUUAGGCAUCACCAUCGCUGGCUAUGUGGGGGACAAAACAUCAGAGCCCUCUGGGAUAUUUGUGAAGAGCAUUUCGAGGGACAGCGCAGUGGAGCAAGACGGCCGAAUUCACGUUGGAGAUCAAAUCAUUGCUGUAGACGGGGUUAAUAUCCAGGGUUACAGUAACCAGCAGGCCGUGGAGGUCCUGAGACACACGGGUCAGAUGGUAAACCUGAAGCUCGUCCGGCACGGGUUCAAACUGGAGGAUGCAUGUCCAUCAAUCAUACCUGUCGCCAUGGAGACCACACCCACCCUCAACACAUCGCAAAACUCAACAAUGGAGCGAAGGAACACCAAGCACGAUGAGAGAGCGUUUCUCCCUCCAGAGGAAAGCGGCGAACCGCAGUCUGUCACCGCUUCACCCGUCAGAGCUCCAGAGAGACGCGACGGUCCUGUGGAGCUGAGCUCUGAGGAGGAACAGCAGCUGAUGCAGAAGUGGCAGAACGAACUCGGCGUCUGCAGCGAAGUCAUUGUGGCUCAAGUGGAGAAGUUCAGUGAGAACAGCGGUUUAGGGAUCAGUCUGGACGUGAUCGCCGGUCGUCACAUCCUUCGCUCGGUGCUUCCUGAGGGACCCGUCGGGCGAUCGGGAACCAUCUGCAGCGGAGACGAGCUGCUGGAGGUGAACGGUGUUCCCCUCAGAGGAGAGUCUCAUAAAGAUGUUGUUGACAUUCUGAAAGAACUUCCUGUUUGCGUGACCAUGAUCUGCUGUAGACCCGCCCCUCUAAUGACUGACAGCCAAACUGACCAAUCACAGCCCGAGGAUGUGGCCAUUGAUUCCAUGGUUCAGGUGCCGGGUGAGUUUGAGGAUUUCCUGGUCUCUGGCCAAUCAGAGGACAGCCUGAAAGAUCAUGUGACUGAAGAGCCCACCGGAACGGCGUUGGCGAUGUGGGAAACGGAGAUUCAGGACAUUGAACUAGAGAAAGCAGAGAGCGGUCUGGGCUUCAGCAUUCUGGAUUAUCAGGACCCAAUGGACCCGCUCAAGACGGUUAUUGUGAUUAGGUCUUUAGUUCCCGACGGCGUGGCAGAGCGAGACGGGCGCUUGUUGCCAGGAGACCGCCUCAUGUAUGUCAACAACAUCGACCUGGAGAGCGCCAGCUUGGAGGAAGCAGUGCAGGCUCUGAAGGGAGCGAACAUGGGCACCGUCCGCAUCGGGGUGGCCAAACCCCUGCCCAUCGACUCCGGUGAUUUGGACCUGUCUGAUGAAAAGGCCUUUGAGCAUCAUUUUCUGGAGGAGGAAGAGGAAGAGGAGAUGCUGCAGUCCAUGAUCGCUGAACACGGCAGUAUGUGCAGCGCCGAUCUGACCUAUCAGCUGAGCGGACCCGCCCCCACCCCGAAGGAGGAGGAUUUGUUUCCGGAUCAACCCUCGGACGAGACCCAGCAGCUGAACGCCUUCGAGAGGACCGUCACCGUGGUCAAGGGCAGCUCCAGUCUGGGCAUGACGGUGUGCGCGCUGAAGGACGGGCCCGGGAUGCUGAUCCGCAGCAUCAUUCACGGCGGCUCCAUCAGCAGAGACGGGCGCCUCGGGGUCGGGGACCUGAUCCUGGCCAUCAACGGAGAACCGACCGGAAACAUGACCAACGCUCAGGCGCGAGCCAUGCUGCGCAGACACUCUCUGAUCGGACCAGAGCUGGGAUCCACAGGUUCUGCGGGGGAAGAGCUGAGCCCCGUCUCUGUAAUCACGUAUGUUCCUGCAGAAUAUUUGGAGGAAUACAGGGCGAGCCAGCAGCUCCAGGUUGGCGAUCUCUCUGAUGGCACUCAACAUCAGACGGUCUCAGAUCUUCCAGAGAGAGAGGAUGGAGAAGGACAGGAGAGUGAACGACAGACAGCAGCUUCCAGCAACUGGAAUCUACCACGGAGAGUGGAGUUGCACAGGGAAGCCGGGAAGUCUCUGGGCAUCAGCAUCGUUGGUGGGCGGGGCAUGGGCAGCCGCCUUAGCAACGGGGAAGUGAUGCGGGGCAUCUUUAUCAAACACAUCCUUGAGGACAGUCCAGCGGGACGCAACGGCACACUGAAGACAGGAGACAGGAUUUUAGAGGUGGGCGGAGUGGAUCUGCGUGACGCCAGUCAUGAGCAGGCGGUGGAGGCCAUCCGAAACGCUGCAAACCCCGUGAUGUUUCUGGUGCAGAGCAUCGUUCACAGAGACAGGAAACCUCCAGUAGCCCUGCUACAGCUGAAGCGCUCAGAGCAAGCCCUCCAUCCUUACCCCGAACCCUGCUUUGCAUACAAACCCCUGCAGACUUCUGCGCUGGAUGCAGUGGAGGACAUUUCAGCCUUCAGUCUGAAGAGCGGCGCUGAGAAGGCUCGGAGAAGUCACGGAAAUGCCGUUGACACUCACAGUAGACCUUUCCUCCGUCUGUGUCCGACUAAUCCUUUCACUCCUACACCGUUUAAGCUGAAUCGAGAGGAGGGGAAAGGCUUCCUGUCGCUGCCGGUCGUUCCGCAUGUCGGGGAAACCGACUCCGACACGCUGACUGAGAUUCCCGACAGACUCCCGCUGCGCAGCGCCGGUCCUGAUGAGGAAGACGAGGAUGAGUACGGAUACAGCUGGAAGAAGGUAACGGAGCGGUACGGGCGUUUACCCGGUGAGCUGCACAUGAUCGAUCUGGAGAAGGGUCGUACAGGUUUGGGUUUGAGUCUGGCCGGGAACCGAGACCGUUCACGCAUGAGUGUGUUUGUGGUGGGCAUCGAUCCCAGCGGAGCCGCCGGCCGAGACGGACACAUCGUGGUGGGAGAUGAACUACUAGAGAUAAACGGACAGGUUCUGUACGGCCGCAGUCAUCAGAACGCCUCCUCCAUCAUUAAAAGCGCUCCUUCGAGGGUCAAGAUCAUCUUCAUCCGGAACACUGAGGCUCUGAGUCAGAUGGCAGUCGGGCCGAUGAAGGAGACGGACUCACCGGACACACACACGCAGACGGAGACGUCGGGCUCAGCAGUAGACGUGAUCCAGCGAGCGACUCUUCCUGUGGAGGACGGAGGGCCGGGUUUGGUGCUGAAGGAGGAUGACGGCCGGAGCGGAUGCCUCGUCGAGAGCGUGGACGAGAGCGGAGCAGCCGGAAGGAAAUCCCAGCAAUCAGUGAAACUCACCGCCUGCGCUGACUCCGCCUCCCAACCCUCCUCGUCCAAUCAGAUGUGCUCGGACGAUGGAGGCGGCCUGCCGCUGGUUUCCCUGACAUCGUCGGAGAUGGAGCCAAUCAGGAAUUCGAGCAGAUGUUCAACCCCGGCGACACUGGCGUCUGAUCCGGCGACGUGUCCCAUCAUCCCCGGCUGUGAGACCACUAUAGAGAUCUGCAAGGGCAGAACGGGACUGGGGCUGAGCAUCGUGGGCGGCUGUGACACGCUGCUGGGCACUAUAAUAAUUCACGAGGUGUACGAGGAGGGAGCAGCGUCUAAAGACGGCCGUCUGUGGGCAGGAGAUCAGAUCCUGGAGGUGAACGGUAUAGAUCUGCGCGUGGCGACUCACGACGAGGCCAUCAAUGUCCUGCGGCAGACUCCUCAGCGCGUGCGUCUGGCCGUCUUCAGAGACGAGGGCCAGUAUAAAGAGGAGGAGCUGUGGGACUCGCUGAGCGUCGAGCUUCAGAAGAAACCAGGCCACGGCCUCGGGCUCAGCAUCAUCGGCAGAAGGAGUGACACCGGCGUGUUUGUGUCGGACAUCGUGAAGGGUGGAGCGGUGGAGAGCGACGGCCGGCUGAUGCAGGGAGAUCAGAUCCUCUCGGUUAACGGCGAGGACGUUCGCUCGGCCACUCAGGAGUACGUGGCUGCGCUGCUCAAGAGCUGUGCGGGUCCAAUCAGUCUGGAGGUGGGUCGUUUCAAGGCUGGGCCGUUCCACUCCGAGCGCCGUCUGUCCCAGAGCAGUCAGAUCAGCGAGACGGGCAGCGGGAAAGUCACUCCUCACUCCAGCUCCGCAGCUUCCCUCGGAGACGCCGAGAAAACACACGAACUGCUGGAGAAAGACAUCCGGACGGUGGAGUUCACAAAGGGCCCGUCUGACUCUCUGGGCAUCAGUAUAGCAGGAGGGGUCGGCAGUCCUCUGGGUGACGUGCCCAUAUUCAUCGCCAUGAUGAACCCCAGCGGCCUGGCGGCUCAGACACAGAAGCUCUGGAUUGGAGACAGGAUCGUGUCCAUCUGUGGAAACUCAACAGAAGGCAUGACCCACAAUAAAGCCGUUUCACUGCUGAAGAACACGACGGGCAUCAUUCAGCUGCAGGUCAUCGCAGGCGACACAUCGGUCACCGGGCCGUCAGCGGAGCAGACCGCAGGACUCACGGCCAGCAGCAUUUUCCACGAUGACCUGGGCCCUCCUCAGUGUAAGAGCAUCAGUCUGGAGCGAGGACCCGACGGACUGGGCUUCAGCAUCGUGGGGGGCUUCGGGAGCCCUCACGGAGACCUGCCCAUCUACGUCAAAACCGUCUUCAGCAAGGGGGCCGCGGCGGAGGACGGGCGUCUGAAGCGCGGAGAUCAAAUCAUCGCCGUUAACGGCCAGAGUCUGGAGGGAGUCACUCACGAGGAGGCCGUGUGUAUCCUGAAGAAAACCAAAGGAACGGUCACACUCACUGUGCUCUCAUGAACACACACACACACACGGUCGUUUAAACACUGGAUGACGGUGCUUGAUGCUCACACCUGGCGACGGUGUGUUUCGAUAACAAGAAAACGCUCAAAUAUCUCUUUCCCGUCGGUUUCCGCGCAGUUCGCCAAAAAUCUUCUCAAUGCAAAACGCUAAAAAUUAAUAAACAAAUCUGACCAAUUUAAUAGUUCACAUCAAUUUCUGCUCCGUCAGCGAUCGGUGUGACCCAAAAAUAUAUUCAGACGUGAAUAAUUUCAAGCAUAAAGGUGUAAUAACUACCGUUUGUCAAAAAACACAGGAAGCACAAACUCUACUAGAUGAAUGGUUUUCUGUGAACAGCCCAGAAGGCAAAUCUUCAUUUUUGACUAAACUCUAGAGUUCGUAAGUUUUCACGCGUGUCAUGUUUUAGUCUCUUUGGUGAUUUUUGCAAAUUUUUCACAUUUGAAGAAGAAAUAAUUGAAGCAGCGUUUGUUGAAAGUCCCCACAACACAACAGGAGUGUUAAAAACGAGUCUUUCCCAACACCGCUGAUGUUGGUCAGUGACAUUUUGUGCUAUUUAUAGCGAAAACAUAGUGAUAUAACACGAUAUAGAAUAUCAUCUCGAUCUUUAGGACGUGAAAGAAAGUAGAGCUUCUUAUGAUCGAAGGAUCUCAAUGUGCGUUUACACGCUAAUGUCAGGAAAAAGGAAAAAAUGAUGAACAAAAAAAAUGGCAAUAACGUUCUCAAUACUUUAAACAGCAAAACCACAGAAGAAGAAAUGAUGAAAGUGACUUCUUCUGGAUACACUCACACUGAAACACCUUUGCUUCUUAAAGAAAACUUAUUUUAUAUAGAACAGAAGUUGAUAUUGUAGAAACCGUGAGUGUGUGUGUGUGUGUGUGUGUGUGUGUGAGAGAGAGAGACGAGCGUCAGUGCAUUUAAUGACCUUUCUGAAGUUUUGCCUUCGUCUGCUGCUGGAUGUAGAACGAGCUACUGUGAUCUAUUUUGUGAUAUUGUCGUUUUCCUCUGAUCGUACAGUAUUGGAUUUCACUACAAACACAAAUAAAAGUGACCUUCAGCACACAAACGUCAGGUUGGCGUGAUCCCUUUUUAUUUGACAGAUUUAAGGGUCAGCUCUCCCCCAAAAGGAGAAUCCUGUCUUGAAUUCCUCUCCUCCCGUGAUGAAGGGGUUUUUUCGGACGUGACGGAGAGUAAUUAACGACAGCUUUUUUCAUUUUGGGGUGAACUAACUACAUUAUGCAUUACAAUCAUUUGUGUGAUGAAAAAAACAAAGGGGAAAAUACAAAUAUAAAUCAUCGUUUACUUCCGUCAUCAUUCGUCAAAGGCUUUUUUCUCCCCCCUCAAGUCUGUUCAUUUUCCAAGAUACAAAAAACCAGCCCAGCUGUGUUUCUGGGUCUGUUAUGUAAGAGAUGCAGCGUUCGGAAGAGAGACUGUAGCUGUUUUUAAUCUGGUUAUUUCUAUGGCACUUCUAUGCAUGCAUACAACUGGUUUCGUCCUUCACAUCCCGUGCAGACGAGGUCAGGUCAGUUUAAGGCACAGGAGACGACGACCUCUGAACUUCACUUUCAAUUGAACUACAAAUCUGACCACAUUUCAGCUGAAUGUCAAACUAUAAAAUAAAAUAAAAUAAAAUGAAUAAAGCAUAUUUAUAAAGCAUUGCUUAAUUCUUUGAAAAAAACAUGUCAAAUCGGGUAAAAAAUUUUUCCCUUUUAGAAAUUCUCUGUUAGAUUUAUUUUUGCCUACAGUGUACAAUCAGGAACGCUUUCACGCCGUCCUAAAAUAAUAAAUCAAUUCCCAAAUGUCUUCAGGAGCGGUCUAUAAAUAUAUCCUGAUGUUACAGGCUGGAUGAACAUUACAGCACAAAGUCCACGACUAGUAUAUGCUCUCUUUGACAUUAUAAUACAUUUAUUUUUUCCCCAUUAUCAGCAAAUCCGAGGAGACGUAAAGCCUGAUGAUCCGUGUCAUCCCAGCGUGAUUUGGGCAAAGAGCACGCCGUCAGCUUUUAUGCACAAAAAUUUGAACUUUUGAACGAAGGAGUCAUGCUUCGUUUCUUCUUUUUUUUUUUUUUUUGUUUACGGGAUUACUGACCUAGAAAUAAGGCAGCAUCAGAUGCAAUACAUGUUUUUAAAAAUCCCAAACCUGUAUCUGCAGGUUUUAAUGAGCUUGUGGUUAGUCUUUUGAACCCCACUCACUAUAUAUAUAUAUAUAUAUAUAUAUAUAUAGAAAAUAUAAAUGCAAUAAAUACUUCAUUAUUACGUGAAAUAAAGUCCCUUUCGAUUUGUGAAUUUGCUCAAUGCUUAACUGUUUCCCUUAAACC